AAUCCCAAUUUCAUUUUCUGAGACCCUCCUAAAAAUUUGCCUCCUUGUCAACCCCCCCUCUCUUUCUUAUCUCUUUCACCGACGAAAUCUCGCUUGACUUCUCAGUCCACGAAAAAGAUCCAAUCUUUUUCACUAUCGUCCUUCGAUCCAUGGGCGAAAGCGAAUCAAACGAGGUUCAGAUUCAGAUCCAAAGCCCGCCGCCGGCGCUACGCAAAGAACCGUCGCUCUCGCGGUGGGGAGGCGACGAUCCCCACGGGAUCGAGCCCAUCACCGCCGCCACCGACGAAGAUUCCGAUGAUAUCGAUCUAUUGGAGUCCGAGAGAACGGGAUCUAGCGGACUCUGUCAAGGGACCAUGAACGGUAACGGAAAAGGUUACGUCUCGUUAGAAAUCGAUAAUCGAGAGAAGCUCGAUAAUUUGAGCUCGAUUUCUUCUGUAAUGGUGCUCAAAACUCUGUUCUUUAUACUUGUUUGGUACCUUUUCAGUACUCUGUUGACGUUGUAUAAUAAGACAUUGUUAGGGGACCAUCUGGGAAAAUUUCCGGUUCCUUUGAUGAUGAACACAGUUCAUUUUGGGAUGCAAGCUGUGAUAUCCAACGCCAUUGUUUUUUACCAGUCUCGGUUUAAAGAUAAAAGCGACCGGACGAUGACAUGGAGGGAUUACUUCUUUAGAGUUGUGCCUACGGGGUUGGCUACUGCAUUGGAUGUAAACCUGAGCAAUGAGUCCCUUGUUUUCAUAUCGGUUACAUUUGCGACAAUGUGCAAAUCUGCAGCACCGAUAUUUCUCCUGGUGUUUGCUUUCGCAUUUAGGUUGGAGAGUCCAAGCUUUAAGCUUCUAGGUAUCAUAGUAGUCAUCUCUUCUGGAAUUCUUUUAACAGUUGCCAAGGAGACUCAAUUUGAAUUCUGGGGAUUCCUCUUCGUCAUGCUUGCUGCAGUUAUGUCAGGAUUCCGGUGGUGCAUGACUCAGAUUCUUUUGCAGAAAGAGGUCUAUGGUUUGAAGAAUCCCAUCACUCUGAUGAGCUAUGUUACUCCUGUAAUGGCAGUGACUACUGCACUUUGCUCACUUAUGCUGGAUCCCUGGCAUGAUCUUAGCAAAAACAAGUACUUCGAUAAUUCAAGCCACAUAAUACAAAGUUUCCUACUUAUGCUUUUGGGAGGAGCAUUGGCAUUCUUUAUGGUUUUGACGGAAUAUAUUCUUGUUUCAGCAACUAGUGCAGUAACAGUGACAAUUGCGGGUAUUGUUAAGGAAGCUGUCACUAUCUUGGUCGCUGUAUUCUACUUCCAUGACCAGUUCACCUGGUUGAAAGGAAUUGGGCUUUUCACAAUAAUGGUUGGGGUUAGUUUAUUCAACUGGUACAAAUAUCAAAAAAUAAAAAAAGGUCAUCCAAGUGGGAAUGGAGAAAUAAACGCCUCAACUUUUAAUGGAGCUGCCAAAUAUGUUAUCCUUGAUGAGGAUAUUACCGAUAACGAUACUUGACCCGGCUCCAUUCUCUGCGGCAUUUUUUAAAGCUAACAGGAAUUUACCUCAACCUGAAGUCAAAUUUACCUUCAUUCGUAUGGCUUGCACUACAAGUUAAAUUCUAAAUAUAGUGUAAGCUCAUACAUGCACAGAUCUUAAUUACUGUGAAACGAUGGGUUUUGCUCGCCUCUAAUUGUGUUUAUACUCUCUCUCCUCAAAGACUUCAGCAGCUCUCACAAGUGGAUGACCUACAAAGGAAUUCAAAUUGAGAUUCAUCUGUUAUCAUACGUCAAAAAUCAAAUGUAUUAUACAUCGGAAUUUGUUUGAUGUUUUAUUCGUUCUCUUGAUCGGUUGAUCAACCAAGAAGUAUACUGUAUAUUCGAGGAAAAUACAUUUGUAACUUCGUUCUUUUACAUGAUAAUAUUAUCAGCUGGCUGAUGGUUACAUGAUAA